UUUUUAAUUGAAAUACAAGUCAACUUUUGUUGAUAUUAUAGGAUAUAUAUGAGCUCCCAGUUGGAGAAUCUUGGGAAGAAGAAGAAGAAGAAGAAGCAAAUAUGUCAACAGGAGCAUCUGUGUCAGAGCUGUAUGAAUACUGUGUUGUGCCCACGGUGUCAGACUCCUCACAACACUUGUACAGCCUCUUGGCAUGGUCACUCAUCUUCUUACUUACAACCAGGAUAGUGCGGCCGCCAGCUUGGCUUGUGCACCUGAUGUCUGCCACGUGUGGGGGUAUUGUGACCUGGGGAAUGUUUGGCCAUCGCUGCAGCUAUAUGGUCUGUCUCCUAGCCGUUGGAGGACUUGUGCUCUCACUGUCUCAUUUUGUACUUAAAUCUCGCCGGGGUCCCUUCACCUGUGUGUCAUGUGUGACCUUCCUCAUUGCUUGUGAGCUCUGGUUGGCUGAUCCAGUUGACUGGCACAGUAUUCGAGGCCCACAAAUGAUCAUUCUCAUGAAAGUAGUGUCUGUUGGAUUUGAUCUAGACUCCUCAUCUCUGGCUAGACUGCCCAACAUCUUGGAAAUGGUUGGGUACAUCUUAAAUCCAGGCACGGUGAUAUUUGGCCCUUGGAUAUCUUUUUCAUCAUACAAGAGGGUCCUCCAACCAUUUUCCUUGAACCUGAGGCUGGUAUUGGGAGUAAUCAUCCACCUUAUUAUUAGUAUGAUUUUCCUCCUCCUCUCUACGUGCUUUGCAUUAUGGAUGGUGCCUGAUUCAAUCAAUAAAUGGGCACAAGCAUUUAGAGAUGCAUUUUCCUUCCGAUCUAGUCAUUACUUUGUGUCUUACUUAAGUAUGACUUCUGCCCAGCUGUCUGGGCUGGAUAUCAGAGAGGUAGCCAGACCAGCUUAUAUUGAAAUUCCUCGUUCUUUAGUGGAAGUGGUUGUGUACUGGAACAUGCCUAUGCACUACUGGCUAAAAACCUAUAUUUUCAAAACUGCAAGAAACUGGCUUGGAAUAUUCUGGGCAAUACUCUUCACCUACAGUAUGUCAUCACUCUUCCAUGGAAUCAAUUUCCAGCUUGCAGCAGUGCUUUUGUCACUUGGGUUUUAUACAUAUGUAGAGCACUCACUAAGGGUCAAGCUGGCCAGUGUUUUUGAUGCUUGUGUCCUUGCUAGACCAUGUCCAGAAAAGUGCCAUCAUCAAUACAAAAAGUGGUCGUGGAUUGGAAUUUUCAUCAAUGUUUCCUUCUCUGUGUUAGCUAUGUUGCACCUUGCCUACUUGGGCAUUAUGUUUGACUCCAACUCACAAGAGCAAGAGACAGGCUACAGUCUGAGUCAUACACUCAGUAAAUGGGCAAGUUUAAAUUACUCAAGUCACUGGAUUAUAUUUGUAUGCUAUAUCAUGUAUAUUUUAAUAUGAUAUCUCAGAAUAUUUUUAAUUGUGUAUUUUAUAUGCAUAUUUUCUAAUUUCUUAUACAAAGAUCUGAUUGAAUUAUCUUUUUUGUUGUCAUCAAAUUUGCUUUAUAACUAGAAAAAUUUUAGAAAGUAAAAUUGUAAAAUUUCAUAUUCCCUUAAGAUCUCAUUUCAUUUUAUAUAUUUAUGCAUUUUGGGCUUUUUUUCAUGAUACUGGGUUUCUAUACUGUUACUGUUUCUCUCUCUCUCUCUCUCUCUCUCUCUCUCUCUCUCUCUCUCUCUCUCUCUCUCUCUCUCUCUCUCUCUUCUGCAGGUGUCCUUUUAUAAAAUUCAGUAAUUACUUUUGUUGAUAAGAACUAUUGUGUAUUUUCUGGCAGAAAAAAAAUAUAAUAAGGAAUAAUCAUUAACUGUGGCAUGCUCUUUGUGGUGUCCAAUACUUUUCUUUACAUUUUUCAACUGCAAUCUGUUCCUUGAUCCAUUGAAAGCCUUUAAGCCUUCAAGUAAUUUUUUUAUUCAAAGAAAGAAAUGUUUCAUCAGCUUCAUUUAAUUAAAUUAGUAGUUUUUGUAAUCAUUUCAAAAUAUAUAAAAUAUGCACAAUAGACAUUCAUCUAAAUAUUUGAUGUGAUAUAGAAAUGAAAUUAUUAGCAUAUA